ACCCAGAACCAUGGCCAUGGGGUGGGUGGGAUGCUCUGGCAUGGGUGCCAGACCCCCAAACUGGGCCUGUGGGGCAGAAAUCCCAAUUGGGGUCUUCCCCUGUCCAUGGGGGUUGCCCAGCUCCAUCAGCUGGGGGAAAUGGCAUGACCCCAUGGGGGUCACCCGGGGCAGACCCCUGCCCUCCGUCCGAGCGUUCGGGGGGAACCAGGGUGCCUCAGGGGAGGCUGUGUGGCCGGGGCGCCCCCAGGAAGCACGAUGCUUGUGAACCCGUACCCCACGCCCCUCCCCGCCGCGGCAAACAGCAGUGACAGAAGUGCCGGGGAGAGCUGCCACAUUCCAGUGGACACUCACACCCAUGUGCCCCAGCCGGGAGGGUGCGGGUUGGGGACAGCAGGGCCGCGGGGCGCAGAGCCCGGCAGGACGGGCACAGGUAGGUGCCACGGCAGCGGCGGCGGGUGCUUGGGCGUGCCGGGGUGUCCGGCCGGCGGCGCCGGUGCUGUUCCACUCUGUUCUGUUUCUCUCGCUCAGGUCUGCUGGCCAUGGGCAACCUGAUAAAGGUAUUGGGCAAAGAUUUAGAAAACUGUCCUCAUUUUUUCCUGGAUUUUGAAAGUUUCACAUGGGGAACCUUCUUAAAGUGUUGACUUAUAACGAACUUGACCAAGGCCCUAAUUUUUUCCUUGACUUUGAAAAUGCGCAGCCGACGGAGGCCGAGACGGCAGUGUGGAACCAGGUGAACGCCGUGCUGGAGGAGGCACAGGCCGUCCUGGCCGAGCUGCAGUCCUACACGGGUGCCGGGCAGGAGAUCCGAGAGGCCAUCCAAAACCCCGGGGACCUGCGGCUGCAGGAGAGGGCAUGGAGCGCCGUCUGCCCCCUCGUCGCCAAGCUGAAGCGCUUCUACGAGUUCUCGCUGCGGCUCGAGAACGCCCUGCGGAGCCUGCUGGAGGCCCUCACCAGCCCCCCGUAUGCCCCAACCCAGCACCUCGAGCGGGAGCAAGCCUUGGCCAAGCAGUUCGCCGAGAUCCUCCACUUCACCCUCAGCUUUGAUGAGCUCAAGAUGACCAACCCUGCCAUCCAGAACGACUUCAGCUACUACAGAAGGACCAUCAGCCGAAAUCGCAUUAACAACCUGCAGCUGGAUGCAGAGAGCGAGGUGAACAAUGAAAUGGCCAACAGGAUGUCCCUCUUCUAUGCCGAGGCCACCCCCAUGCUCAAAACACUCAGCAAUGCCACCACCAAAUUUGUCUCGGAGAACAAGACCCUCCCAAUCGAGGACACGACCGACUGCCUGAGCACCAUGGCCUGUGUCUGCAGGGUGAUGCUGGAGACCCCGGAGUACCGGAGCCGCUUCACCAACACUGAGACCCUCCUCUUCUGCAUGCGGGUGAUGGUCGGCGUCAUCAUCCUCUACGACCAUGUCCACCCCGUGGGGGCCUUUGCAAAGACCUCCAAGAUAGAUAUGAAAGGCUGCAUCAAAGUCUUGAAAGACCAACCAUCAACCAGCACCGAGGGGCUCCUGAAUGCUCUGAGGUACACCACUCGGCACCUCAACGACGACACCACGUCCAAACAGAUCCGGGCCCUGCUGCAGUGAGCACGGAGCCAGCCCUGACCCUGCGCACCGUCACCAUGUUACCUACGUCCAUGACCAUACCGUUCAUUUUGUACAGAGGGAAAAAGGACAAUAAGAAAUACACAGAAAUACAAAAAAAGAAAAAAUCAAAACGGUCCGAGGCCACCCCCUAUGCGCUCCUGCCCCCUCCCAAGCCCCACCCCCCAAAUUAGCACCCACUUCUGGACACAGGUGCAGGUGGCACCACGGGGACACUGCGCUGGGGGUGCUGGGGCUGGGCAGGAUGGACCUGGGCAGGGAUGUGCCGAUGGGGCUAGUGGCAGCGAGCACCCAUGGCACGGGGGCAGUUUGGGGAGGGGGGAAAGGGGCAGGUGUCACCCCCGUCCUCGUCCCCGAGCAUCCGGCCGCAGAGGAGGAGGGAUCCUGAGAGUCUGCGCUGACUCUGGUGGAAGUGGCUCAGUCUCACCCGGUAGAUUUUUAAUCUGAGCAAUUAAGUCUCCACUCACCUCUUCUUUUCUACAUCGGUUUUUUUUUUGGGUGUGAAAUAAAAUGACAUUUAAUCUGUU